AUGCUGCUCAGAGCCGCACGAUCGCCGUGCUGGCGCACAGCGCAAUUCGCCUAUCCGAGCUUCGCCGGCCAGCUACGAAGCACGCGACUCAAUGGAACACACCUGCGCGCAUUCACAUCAAAUCACAAUUCAUUAUGGAGUCAAUCCACAGACAAUAAAGAUGCAUCUAUCAAAGCGACCAUGACAUCUACCCCCGCUCCAUCACAACUAGCAAAUGCCAAUAUUAUCCAGAAGCCGGAAGAUAGCCCCAAUGUGAAGACUCCGGCAAAGAAGGAUAUUCUAAGCGAGCCCAUGGCCGGGAAAAAAGAACAAAGGAAGGCAGAUUGGGCUAUUAUGAAAGAAAUGGCCAAAUAUCUGUGGCCGAAGGAUGAUUGGGGCACGAAGCUCCGUAUCCUCAAUGUGGAGAUCCCCUUCUACUUCAAGAACAUUGUUGACUCAAUGAAUGUAGAUUUUGCUACCAUCGGCGGAACCGCCUAUACCGUGGCUGGGUCAAUGAUUAUUGCCUAUGGUGUAACCCGAAUUGGAGCUACAUUGUUUCAAGAGCUCCGCAACGCGGUCUUUGCUAGCGUUGCGCAGAAGGCAAUUCGGAAGGUGGCAUCAAAUGUUUUUGAACAUCUCUUGCGGCUGGAUCUCAACUUCCACCUCUCCCGGCAGACCGGAGGUCUGACCCGCGCAAUUGAUCGCGGUACUAAGGGCAUCAGCUUCCUCCUAACCUCCAUGGUUUUCCAUGUGGUCCCGACAGCACUUGAAAUCUCACUUGUCUGCGGUAUUCUGACUUAUCAAUAUGGCCUCCAAUUUGCGGCCAUCACAACAGCAACAAUGGUAGCUUAUACAGCGUUCACAAUCACUACAACCGCGUGGCGAACAAAGUUCCGGAGACAGGCUAAUGCAGCUGAUAACCGCGGAGCAACCGUGGCUGUGGACUCGCUUAUCAACUAUGAAGCCGUCAAAUACUUCAAUAACGAGACAUUCGAAGUGGCACGAUAUGAUAAGGCCUUGAAGAAGUAUGAAGAUGCAUCAAUCAAGGUGACUACGUCUCUGGCAUUUCUGAACUCCGGCCAAAACAUGAUCUUCUCCUCUGCGCUGGCCGCAAUGAUGUACCUGGCUUGCAAUGGAGUUGCGAACGGAUCCAUGACCGUCGGCGACCUGGUAAUGGUCAAUCAGUUGGUCUUCCAGCUCUCCGUCCCACUCAACUUCUUGGGAUCUGUCUACCGUGAACUGCGCCAGUCCCUGCUGGACAUGGAGACGCUUUUCAACCUGCAGAAGGUGAACGUCACCAUCCAGGAACGACCCGACGCCAAGCCGCUGCAGCUGACACAGGGCGGCAAGAUUCACUUUGAGAACGUGACUUUCGGCUACCACCCAGACCGACCGAUUCUAAAGAAUGCCACCUUCACUAUCCCAGCAGGGCAGAAGUUCGCUAUUGUUGGCCCUAGCGGUUGCGGCAAGUCUACAAUCUUACGUCUGUUGUUCCGGUUCUACGACGUCCAGUCCGGUCGUAUCUUGAUUGAUGGCCAGGAUAUCCGUGAUGUGACUGUUGACAGCCUCCGCAAGGCAAUUGGAGUGGUUCCACAAGACACACCGCUGUUCAAUGACACGAUCGCCCACAACAUCCGCUAUGGUCGGAUUGAUGCAUCGGACGAAGAGGUGCGCCGGGCUGCAGAGCGAGCCCACAUCCACAAACUCAUUGAGGGUCUGCCCGAUGGCUACGAAACUGCAGUUGGUGAGCGUGGUAUGAUGAUCUCUGGUGGUGAGAAGCAGCGACUGGCAAUCUCUCGGUUGAUCCUGAAGGACCCACAACUACUCUUUUUCGAUGAGGCAACAUCCGCCCUAGAUACCUACACGGAGCAAGCCCUCCUCCAGAAUAUCAACAGCAUCCUCAAAGAUAAGAGCCGCACGAGCGUAUUUGUGGCUCAUCGUCUACGCACGAUCGCCGACAGUGACCAAAUUCUGGUCUUGAAGGAAGGUCAUGUGGCAGAGAUGGGCUCACACCGCGAGUUGCUCGAGCGUGACGGUAUUUAUGCAGAGCUUUGGAAUACCCAGGAACAAUCGAUGGCCCACGACGUUGACCCGGAGCGGAUUCAAGAUGAAGACGUCCAGCCCAAGGCGUGA